AUGACUUUACGACUCGCCGCGUCCCGUGUUGUGAGCGGAAAUUCCUCGUGCAGGGCUCAGCUGAGCGGUGCAGGCGGGCGGGGUGGAGGGGCGCGGGGCGCGGGGUGGCAUGUCGCGGGCGUAGGGGCGCGGGGUCGCGGGUCGGUCGCCGGAGCCACGCGGGCUAGCCGCGCCCCCUGCGCGCGCCGCUCCGCCCGGGAAGCUCAUUCAAGUAGCGAGCGCGCCCUGUACCAGCCGCCACCCUCAGGUAUGUCCAUUUUGCUUUUGGUGUUUGCACGUCGUGUACCGUUGUCCGCGCGCUCCGCGAGUGUCAGUACUAUAGUCAACCCGAUGCAAUCGCGACAAAGAGCGUGGCGAACAAUCGACAGAACAAUAGCAGCUCUGAAUCAAACAAUCGAUGCAUCGAACUCGCCAUACAUUAUCGCGACAGCUGUGUGGGGUGCGACUCAGGGGAAAUUUCAGGGUUCCGUCUCCCACGGUCUUUGCCAGCCCCUGCACUCUAGUCAUAGAAAUCUAUCAACAAAAUUCGGACCACAUAAUGCAUUGGACCAGUACAACUAUUUAAUGGUUUUGAUG